CUAGAAGAUAUCCUGUUUUAAACACUAAUCUAAACGAUAAAUAUAAUAUAUAUAGAUUGAUUUUUGGUACGAGAUUCAGCUAUACAAUUGCUAGGGAUGCGGUCCUGCUUAAUUCUGCUGCUGGCCUUUGUGCCAAUUUUCACAUUUGCCCAAGAUGAAUUCCUGUAUGGAACCUUCCCUGACGGCUUCAUGUGGGGAGCAGCCACAGCAGCGUACCAGGUUGAAGGUGGAUGGGAUGCCGAUGGAAAGGGAGAAAGUAUUUGGGAUCGUAUGGUACACUCGGACCCUGGAAGUAUUUUGAAUCAAGAUAAUGGUGAUAUAGCUGCAGAUUCGUAUCAUAAAUAUGCUGAAGAUGUUGCUGCCUUGAAGGAAACGGGUGUCGACUUCUACCGAUUUUCUUUAUCGUGGUCAAGGCUGCUCCCAACUGGUCGUGUAGAUGUGGUCAACGAGGCCGGCGUGGCCUUUUACAAUGCCCUGAUUGAUGCCUUGCUGGCCAAUGGCGUGCAACCCAUGGUUACCCUCUACCACUGGGAUCUGCCGCAGCCUCUCGAGGAUCAGGGCGGCUGGCUCAACGAAACACUGAUCGUGCCCGCCUUCGCAGAGUACGCUGCUUUCGCUUUUGAGGCAUUCGGCGACCGCGUCAAGCUAUGGCUGACGCUCAAUGAGCCCUGGGUGCAAGCAGUCAUGGGCUACGGCAAUGGAGGAAACGCGCCCCGUGUCGUUGGCUCUGGCAUCACUGACUACCUGUCUGGCCUCAAUCAGCUUAAGGCUCAUGCGGAGGCUUGGCACGUCUACAACGAACAGUUCAGACCUACCCAAGCUGGUCAGUGCGCCAUCACACUCGAUGUCGUCUGGAUGGAACCUAAGACACAACUUGCGCUUGACAUUGAGGCUGCUGAAAGGUCCCUUCAGUUCAAGUUGGGCUGGUUCGCUCAUCCGAUUUUCAGCUUGGAAGGCGACUACCCUGCAUCGAUGAAGGAGGCGGUAGCGCGACACAGUGCUGAGGAGGGCUACCCUGAGUCGCGACUGCCCGAAAUGGGAGAGGAGUGGCGUCUGCGAAUUUUGGGAACGUCCGACUUCUUUGGGCUCAACCACUACACCACCUCGCUGGUGGAGCAUUCCGUGUGGCCGGGAACUGGAACGAGUUUCGACCGCGAUCAGGAUACGACGCAAAGCGCCGACCCUUCAUGGCCCGAAUCGUCGCUUGGGUGGCUGAAGGUGGUGCCAUGGGGCUUCCGCAAGGCACUCAACUGGAUUAAAAGCGAGUAUGGAGAUGUGCCUGUGUGGAUUACUGAAAACGGGUAUGCAGACUUAGGGGAGCUGCAGGAUCUCGAUAGGAUCAGCUUUUAUAGGGCUUACAUCGAUGAAGUUUUGAAAGCUGUGGUUUUAGACGGGUGCAACGUUGUCGGCUACACAGCUUGGAGCAUUCUUGACAACUUUGAAUGGACACAAGGAUAUAGUCAGAAAUUUGGUCUUUAUCAAGUGGAUUUCAACGACCCAUCACGACCAAGGACAAGAAAAGAAUCUGCCAUUGCCUAUGCUCAGAUUAUUUCAGACAAUGGUUUCCCUCAGCCCUAAAUUUUUUAACUCUUCUUCCUUUUUAAUAAACUCAACUUAUCAAGCGCA